AUGAGAUACUCCAAUUGGAUCCCAGGUCAAGCACCAGCAGAAAACGAUGUCAUAAGGAACGCUGGAGAAGCGACUUGUCUGAGUGUGCAAUGGACGGCGACACCUGCUCCAAUGUUACCGAGUGGAAUGUAUUGGAAAGUGCAUCAGUGCGGUGCAAGAGGUGGUUACAUCUGCAAGAAACAACACCAGCUGCUCAGUACCUCUUUCAAUUAUAACAAAACCCUAGAUGGCACAGAAGGUACUUUAACCACCCCUAACUACCCCAGUUAUUACUUCAAUAACUUGGACUUCUCUGUCAGAAUAGUAGGCCCUGAAAAAACAAGAAUAAUCAUCAAAUUUGUGAAAAUAGAUAUUGAGCCACAGCUGGAUUGUUUAUACGACUACAUCAACAUCAAAUCCAUUUUCAAGAAUAAAAAAAGAACGUUUAAUGACGCCAUGAAGUUUUGUGGCAAUCACGAAACAGAAAUGGAUAGAUUUAACUUCGUUUCUGAAACAAAUAUAGCUGAAUUGGACUUUCAUUCUGAUUAUUCCAUAGCCGGAAAGGGGUUUUCGUUACUCUGGUAUGCCGUUGACGUAUCAGUGUGUCCUACACAAACUUUGACGGCAAAGGAGGGAAUCCUCAUGACUCCGAAUUACCCUGAUUUCCUUCUCCCACACCUGGAUUGUACAGUGACCAUCAUUGCACCCGCUGGGAAGAGGAUAUGGCUGGAAUUUUUCCCCGAUGAAAACGAUAUAAAUGAAGUCAUUUCGGAAUAUGAAGAUUUUGACUUGGAACUCGUACUAGGGAGGCACACUCCACUUCUGAAACCAUUCGAAACUGGCAGUCUUCUGACAGAAGGAAGUUUCAUAUCAUCUGAUGAUAGGUUGAAACUGAGGCUUCAAACAGGCGAUCAUCCCUUGGGUCCUGGCUUCAGGGCGUCGUACAGAAUCAUGAAUCCUGUUCACCAAGAAAAAGUCAUAAUGCUCGGUAACUAUACUUCCGGAAUUCUCCUGAACCUGAACUUUCCUGGGAAUCCUCCUGCUGAAGUUGAUUUCCUGCAACACUUCAUCGCGCCACUGGGCAGCGUUAUUUCCUUGGAACUGUACAACAUGAAACUAAGUUAUACUGAGUGUUCCAAUCGUACAGGUUUCAUCGAAAUCAUUGAUAACUAUUCCGAUAAUAAUGGGACCAUUUGGAAAUUGUGUCAAGAUCAUGACAUGAUUGAUCCUUCUAUUAGUAGCACCCCAAUUUACAUCUUGUCGUUUCUGAAUACUAUCCAUCUUAGGCAACUCAAUGGUCCACUUGGAGUCACUCUGAAUGGAACACUGAAGGUGAUGUACGAUAAUAAGUAUAAGCUGAAAUUAUUGAAUCACAAAGAAGGGCAAGUUGAAUCUUGUUCACCGAAUCCGUGCGAAAAUGGGGGUAAAUGUAUCAUGAAAAAAAUGAAGAAGUUUUGCCACUGCGUUGGACAUUUCACAGGUCUAUUUUGUGCUCUCACAAAAUGUGAACUGGAACCAUGUGCUUUCGGGGUAUGUGAACUGACAGACUCAAGUUACAAGUGUCACUGUAACACAGGAUACAACGGCCCUACUUGCGACCAAAAACGGCGUCCAUGUGAGGGCAAUCCAUGUGAGAGUCGCGGCACAUGUAUUGAAAGAGGGGACAGCUAUCUGUGUCAGUGCCAUGCCUGGUGGGAAGGACAAAGAGACGUCAACUUGGUUGGUGACACGCACGUCAUUACGAUAACGGAUUUGUGA